CCCACAGCCUUGAUGAUGAGGAUGCCUGCUCUCCACUCUGCAGCCCUGCUGCUGCUGCUGCUCCCUGGGACUCUGACUCACAAUAAUUUAGAUAGUGAUCUGGUUCCCAUAUAUGUGGUGGUGAAGAACAGCUUACUAGACACCCCUGCUUUCAUCUACACCACUCAUGUGGCUACCAGAGGGAUCCUACUGGGUGCACUGAAGAGACUCAUGCACUCCAACGCAGACUUUAAAUUUACCUACAAAGACAAUCCAAACUAUGGCCCAUACCUGUUAAGCGUGAAUGGCUUGGCUGGAAACAAUCAAGACAAAACAUACUGGGAGCUCCUGGUCGUGACUCCAGAUGGCGGACUCAUAAUACCUAAUAUUGGUAUUGGGUGUUACAUUCCCAGGAAACAUGACACAAUCAUUCUGAACUUUAAAAGAUGGUGAAGAUUCAGAAACUAAUGUACACCACCAUGGGAUCAGAGCCAUGUUGGAAUUGGCAGUAUGACAAAGUAUUCUAUACAUGGACAAUCAAGCAUCAUCUGCAUCUUUGUUUAAUGCUGAGUGAUAAUAACAUCUGAAUAAAGUAUCCUCCCAUGUUUGUUUGUUUUUUUCUUUAUCAACUUUCAGUCAAAAAUGCAAAUCAAAGGAGUGACUCUGGUGUUGAUUCAUGAAAAUUUCCUUUGCAUUAAACCUUUCAUCGUUAAAAUUUGUGACACUGAUUUCAAACUAUCUUGUCUUCAUG